AUUUAGUAUAAAAAAAUUAACUUUAUUUUGCGAGAUACGCUUUUCUAUUAGCGUAAUGUAAAAGCUUCAACGAUUACCGGCUUGCUUUUAAUUCAUAAAUUCAGAGUAUAGCAGUAUCAUAGAUAACAAAUAUCUAUAUAUUGGACAUAUUCCGCACAAACAGAUAGAUAUCGAGACAGAGCGCAUCGAUUGUAUAACGAGCUAAAGGUCAAUGGCUUUAUAUCGUGUAUCGUUUUGCCAAUGUAAAAACAGACUGCUAUAUAAAUUAAGUUUGGAACGAUUUUAAGACCUGCGAGAGGAAAGCACGAUGAAUCGGGUGUCGAAUUUUCUUGCAACGAUAUUACGCUGAUAUCGUUGCGACCUGUUUCUUCUUUGUUCCGAGAGACGUCAAGAUGGCCUUAUACAUCUAAUCUAAAUACCGUGGCGUAUCGAGCAUUUUCUGGCUCUAACGAGUACACCGGAAAUUGCAAUCUCGCAUGUUAUGUUAGGCGCUCGUGGCGAAAAUCGGCCGAUUACGGAGACACACGUCAUCGACGAAAGGUUAUCAAUACGGUGAUAAGAACUGUCGACGAAGCUUUGAGAAGAAAUGGACAACGAGAGGGUCGAUUAUAAAGCCGCCAAAGCCGACGGCCGUGUGACAAAUAAUCAUCGCAAGGGAUUAAAUUAUCACCAUCUCGUUCAAAAGCAUUCAGAUAACGAAAACAGAAUGCAAAAAAGGAAGGAAUUCUCUAGCGAGGCUACGGAGGACGAGACAGAAGAAGAAGAACGGGAAAUUGACGAAGAUCGGAGCGAGGAAGAAGAUGCAAAAAUUCAGAAAGUAGAUACAAACCAAGAAGAGGCGAAUGAAAAUGAGCAGGAAACUGCGCAGAUUGAACAGUGCGCGAUUUGUCACGUUAUCAUCAACGAUGCGAAUCUCGGUGGAACCGUCGCCAACUCCGAACAGAAUCCACACUGUUCCGAGGGCUACUUGUUAUGUCGACGUUGUGUACAAAAUUUUUCAAUCCGAUCAGUUGCGGAGCAUCCUCAGCCUCGAAGAUCGCACACGAGUUUCUUCCAAGGCAGAGACAGCGAUCGCAAUAUACGUCCGAGAACGUACGAUCCGCAUCGCAAUCAGUGGACUUGCAACUUCAAUAAGGCGGUAUUCGGUGAAGGGAAUAAAGAAACGUUAGAUUACGAAUCAGAUACCAUCUCAUACGUCGCUGAUCGCGAUCGAGGCAAUUUGCGGCGAGAGGAACAAGUGGAAAGUUGCAGGAAACAGUAUCAACAGCAGCAUGGCUAUUGCAAUCUAAUGACAACGACGACAAGGAGAAAUGGCGCGGUGGAUCGAUAUCCCUCUGAGAUUAAGGUCAAAAGUCCCUCUUUGGUCGACUGCUCCCGCAGACCCAUACAUUGCCCACGUCUAGAUUGCUCGGUGAACGUCGCAUUCUCGGCACUCACUCAUCAUUUUCUUUUCGAUCAUCCCGAAGUGCCCAUCCUCAGUGUCGAACCCGGCGCCGAGAGCACACUCAUCGUCAGUUACGGAGCUCUCUCCUGCAACUCCAGUCGAUGUCUAGCUCUCUUACUGGUGUCCGGAAAACUCUCAGAUUCCUCAGCAAGGCUGUUCGGUAGCAUUCAAAUAAAUCCUAAGUAUCGGAAUCGAUUGCCUCUGCCGGUGUUGGCAGCACGUCUGCACAGCAGCCACAAUUACACCUGUCGUGAGGAGAUGCACGCCGGCGGAGAAGGCCAGUGUGAGAAGGACAUGAUCAUUGCCUGGGUGGCAGGAUUAGACGUCGGCGAUACGACUGACAGACUUCGGUGUAGCAUCCAGGCUGUCGAUAGCAUCGAGAACGGGGGAUUUCGUUCGCUCACGUACACAGGCCCUGUGACGUCCCUGAGAGUUGCCCAAUGUCCACGUGAUGUUUUCUUGGCUGGUGAUUGUAUAGUUCUCCACGAAGGAUUAAUCAGCCAUAUCACCUCUGGCUGUACCAGUCUCAAUGUAAACGUUAUUGUACAUUAAACAUGUGUUCUGUUAA